AUGUAUGGUAAAUCUGGACCAUCUUCGACAAAGGAAAAGAAGGAAGGACAAGGAACGCCGGUUCUGGCGGGUUCCAUGCCUUUUGGGAAGAGCUCGAAAACCAUUCGUUCUCCACCUCAAGGUGCUUUUUCGGGAGCUCAAUCGGCUAGGUCAUCAACGUCCGAAGAAAAAGACACGCUCAUGGAGAUUGCUGAAAGCACGUUCAAUAAGGACGGUACACUUCUCAAUGAGAAGCUACAUGGGAAAGAUAACAGGGAGAGUACGAAUGUGACGGAGCAGCCUAAGAGUCUUGCGAGAGCAGUCUCCAAUUUAGAAUCUCUUAGGCAAUUGGCUGACACGGCAAACACUGAAGAGGAACAGGGCCUCAAAGCCAUUGAAGAAGUCCUGAAAGAAUUUGAAGCCGUUAUGAAGACGAACCAUCGAGACCCCACUGUAAUUAAGAGUGGCGUGGCGAAGAUCAGGGAGUCUUUGUCCGGAAUCCACACGAGCCGGAAGCAGCGUAGUGAGGCAGUCACCACGGAACGAGAAUUGGUCGGCUCCACUACCUCUCCAGUCGAGAUGAGGAGUGGUAAGAGGAAGAGGGCAAUGCCAGGUGAAGUUGCAAGACUGGAGGUCAACUUGCCUCCUCUAACGAUAAGUGACCCGGUGGGGAGUGACACGCCGGCUAGGGCUAGUCCUGAGCCGGUCACCCCACACCUGAAAAAGGGCCCAUCUAACGCCGAACGGGUCCACUCAGAGGAGCAACUCUGGCAAGAAGACCCUCCUGCCGCCUCCUCUGCAACGGCAAAGCUGAGGAAAGAAGAGAGGAGGAAGACGCGUCCGGAUGCAGUCCUCAUUCGACCAACCACUGGUAAGUCGUAUGCGGACCUGCUAAAGGACAUCCGUUCAAAGAUAAAGCCGGAGGACUCGGGGGCGGAAGUCAGGGCUAUUCGUCCGACCCGCACCGGCGGUCUUCUGGUGGAGCUCGGGUCGAAGACCACAGACAAAGACGGGUUCAGCUCGGCUUUGAAGACGGCCAUUGGCGAGAGCGGCAUUGUCAGUGUUUUAGAGCCUAGAGCCUCGAUAGAGAUCCGAGACCUGGACAGUCUCUCUACGGCGGAGGAGGUUCAGGAGGCUGUUGAAAGGGAGCUCGGUGCUAGCGCAGGGGUGGUCAAGGUGUUCCUGACACAACCAAACAGAAGGGAGCAGAAACUCGCAGUUGUCUCUCUGUCUGAGCGGGGAGUUAAUCAGCUGCUGAGGACUUCAAAAAUCAAAAUUGGGUGGGUCAAUUGCAGGAUUCGUCGAAGGGUGGAAGUGACCAGAUGCUUCAGAUGUUUCGGCUACGGCCAUCUGCAGACGGACUGCAAGGGACCCGACAGGAAGGCAUUGAACCUUUGCCUGAAGUGCGGGGAGAGCGGACACAAGCGAGAUACCUGUGCUGCUAAAGCAAAGUGCUUUCUGUGUGCUAACGAAGAUCAGGACACCGUUGACACCAAGCACACUCCUGGCUCGAGAACCUGUCUCACGUUUUGCGUGUCCUCCAAGCUUAUUCUGGAAAAACAGAUCGAUCUGCUCAUCUUAAGCGAGCACUAUCGUGACCGGGUUGGACCCAACUGGUUUCCGGACUAUCUGGGAACCACUGCCAUCUGGGUCCCGAAUACCAACGUGUUGGUUAAAGGUCACGAUUUCCAGAAUCAGCUGAAUGACCUAGAGGAUAUUAUCUUGACACUAGGUAACAGUAGGAUAAUCUUAGCUGGAGACUUCAACGCCAAGUCUGUAGAGUGGGGCAUGCCUGCGACGGAUGUAAGGGGUUUCCGGAUUUUGGAGAUGGCAGCCCGGACCGGUCUAGUGGUCUCUAAUGUGGGGAGUGCACCCACUUUCAGAAGACCAGGUUACUGA